CCAGAGGCACAUUAUCUUACAAGACUUACUGAAGAUAACAUUCAGCGAAAGCCAUAUUCAGCGAAGCAUUUAAACAACCAGACAGGUGAUGGAGCUGAUAAUAAGACUGCUGGGCGGAGAUGUGAAGCGUCUGGAAGUGAGCGGUGGAGCCACAGUUGGUGAACUGAAGAAACUCAUCUCUCAGAUCAUCGGAGAACCUUCUUACAAACAGAAGCUGUCUGCCGAUAACGGUUCACGUAUCAGCCUCGAGGAUGAGUCUCGAACCCUCAGCAGUUACGGUCUGCACUCUGGAUCAGUGGUCAGUCUGCUCAUCACCAACCCCGGACCUUUCCAAGUGUUCGUCAGGAAUGAGAAGGGCCAGACCGGGACGUAUGAAGUGGAUAUCAAUGAGACCGUAGAUCAGCUCCAGGCUAAGAUCUACCGCAAAGAGAGAGUCCCCGUGGACCAGCAGAGACUGAUUUUCAACGGAAGACAGCUGGAGUCCGGCAGAAAGUUGCAGGAAUACGACAUCAGCUCAGGAAGCAGCAUUCACAUGACUCUCCGUCUGCGAGGAGGAUGAUCGGGUGAAUGUGUGCAAAAAGGACUAAAAAGUGUUAUCUUUAGAUUUGUUAAUGAUGUAACUAAA